UGCUCCAGACUUUCCACACGAGGAACGCGCUGCGCGUUGAGGACGUGCGCAAAAAUGCCGUGGUCGAUUACUAUAUUGAAGUAAGACAAGUUUUUGUUCUCAAGGUUCAUAACCGACGAAGAUCGUAUGCACAUUACAUCUGUAGGUCUAUAGCUUUGUUCACAAUUUGGAAACCUAGUCAUGCUGCGGACUUGAAUAGUUUGGCGAUUUAGUCGAACUUGAACUUUGGAUGGAUCAGGUGCUCUGUUUUGCUCCCUUUUACCUAUAUGGACGAAGAUGUUUUUAUCACUUGAUUUAAGUUGCAUCAACAGCAAUAGGCAUGGUGUUUGAAUAUAAAUCAUUCACCCACACUGGAUAAAUCAUGUCGAAAUUCGUCUCGGAAAUAAGGACGGAGGGCUGAUCAUUCUAUAGACAAGUGAAGUUGAACUGUUCAACAGUUUGCAGAAAUGGAGUCACCUAUAGUAUUGCUUCUAAUUGUCCUUUUAGGUUGGAGUGAAGGUUCCUCUCUGCAUUACUCCGACGGCAGGACCAACCAUUUCUCCCUAGAGAAAACUUUUGGUAGGCCAGUCAAGGACUCCCAGUGCCACCAUAUGCUCAAGCAUCUGCACAACGGUGCCCGCAUCACAGUGCAGAUGCCACCCAACAUAGAGGGUCAUUGGGUGUCAACCAGCUGUGAGGUGAGACCUGGCCCUGAGUUCCUCACUCGCUCCUACCAGUUCUACCCAAACAACACCUUCCGGGCCCACCAGUUCUACUACGGGGACAACCACUGCACCACCCCCACCUACACCCUGGUGGUGAGAGGGAGGCUGCGCCUACGCCAAGCCUCCUGGAUCAUCCGGGGGGGCACCGAGGCCGACUACCAGCUCCACCGCACCCAGCUGGUGUGCCACAGUGCGGCUGUGGCCAAAGACCUGAGCCAGAGGCUCAACCGCAGCUGCCGUGGGGCCGUGAGGGGCAAGGGGCCCUGGAAGCCCAACGUGAGCUACGAGCUGUGGAGCGAGGAGGGCGGCUGUGACUGCUCGCAGGAGCUCAACUUUGCCAUGCACGAGCUGCAGCUGCUGCGGGUGGAGAAGCAGUACCUGCACCACAACCUGGACAAUCUGGUGGAGGAGCUGUUCCUGGGAGACAUCCACACAGAGCCGGCCCAGAGGAUGUACUACCGGCCUUCCAGCUACCAGGCGGCACUGCAGAACGCCAAGAACCAUGACCACGGCUGCAUAGCCUGUCGCAUCAUCUACCGCUCCGACGAGUUCCACCCGCCCAUCCUACCUCCACGGGCGGACAUGACGGUGGGUCUGUACGGCCAGUGGGUGAGCCAGCGCUGUGAGGUCCGGCCAGAGGUCCUGUUCCUCACCCGCCACUUUGUCUUCCAUGACAACAACCACACUUGGGAAGGCUACUACUACCACUACUCUGACCCCAUCUGCAAACACCCCACCUUCAGCAUCUACGCCCGCGGGCGCUACAGCCGAGGGGUGCACUCCACCGAUGUUAUGGGUGGCACUGAGUUUGUCUUCAAAGUGAACCACAUGAGAGUGAGGCCUAUGGAUUUGGCGACCACCUCCUUGCUCAACGUGUUCAACGGGAACGAAUGUGGAGCCGAGGGCUCCUGGCAGGUGGGGGUCGAGCAGGACGUCACCCUGACCAAUGGCUGCGUGGCACUGGGCAUCCGGCUGCCCCACACUGAGUAUGAGCUGUUCCGUAUGGAUCAGGACGCCCACGGACGCUACCUGCUCUACAACGGCCAACGGCCCAGUGACGGCUCCAGUCCUGACCGGCCCGACAAGCGUGCCACGUCCUACCAGAUGCCUCUAGUCCAGUGCUCUGCCAGCAGCCAGCACUCAGAGGCCGGCGCAGAGGACAACGACCGGCCCCUGAGGCUUAGCAACAGCUGUGAAACGUGUCACAGAGGCCAGCACCGGGACGUCCCACUGCUUCUGGCUUUAUUGGUGACUCUUCUGUUCCCUUGGGGCUGCAGCUUCUAAACUGUUUGGCUGAACCCGAGAGCCAAUGAUGAAAGGAGUGGCACAAGCACCAGGAAAGAACUGACAAGAAGACUGCUUGUUAACUUGACACACUUGAACUUUUUUUCUCUGCUCUUUCCAAGACUAUGGAAGCUGGGGUCACCAAGGUGGAGAGCAAGUUGAGACUUGUUCUUUUGAUACCUGUUUUUUAAACUCCUUACCAAUUACCAAAGACUUGACACUGCUGCACCAGAGAAACUGCACUUUAGUAGAGAAGAUGAAAAGUCGAUGUACUAACAGACAGGACUGUGUCUGUGAUUCAUGAGUUUAACUUGAGAUGCUAUGUUUUUUGGUACUACAAGCAGAUAAAAUACUAUUAAGACAA